CGCGGUUUUUGAGGUUACGUACUAUGUGUUUCGCUUAGUAGGCCGUUACGAAGUAGCACGUGUUUCAAUUACUCGUGACUGAUAUCUCUCGCGCGCGCCAAAACUUCGCACCGCGUGUCGCAAAGCGUGUCACUAACCUAGUACCGUCGGAGCCAAACCGGAUAUUGAACUUUUCCCGCUGGUCGUUUAUGGGUGCGUGCCCUUUCUCCAAACUUCCCUUCCUUUCCCUACUGCCUGUGUCUCACUCUCUCUCUCUCUCUCUCUCUUGUGAUUUUUGUAUGUGUUUGUGUGUGUGUGCGUGUGUGAGAUUUAUUUUGUUGGCAAAUGCGUCUCCACCCGAUCCGGUCCGACCUUCUAGCAGUGCUCUUGGCAAAGGGAUUUGGUUCGAAAUUAGUUUCUGUGGAACGUUUGAACGUUUUGAUGCAAAUUAGUUUCGAACCUAAGCUUCCAUGCGAGCUUUUUAUGUUUGGGCUAUGUGAAAACGAAGGUAGAAACCGAUCGGCUUAGUGAAGCUAGUUGCUUCGGGGCAUUCCGCCGAGUGCAGAAAAUGCAGUGAUUUACGUGUUCCGAGCCGUAUCCGGCCCCGUGUGGUUUCGCAUACCCAUGCAUUGUACCGAUUGCCGAUUUCCAUAAGAAAGUCAACGAUAGUUGGAGCAUAAGCAAAAAAAGCAAAAACAAGAAAUAUAAAUCAACAACAUUCAGCAGAAAAUCCGUCGAAGAAAAGGAACCGAAGAUAAGACAAAACAUACACCGGCACGAACUUGGCGAAGGCACGAAGGAAUGUACGGCACAACAAAAAAGAAGCGAAACACCGUUCAUUCUCUUUGACCUGCCAAACAAACAUCUUCGCAUCUCGCUGGCAAGAGUCUUCGUGGCAAGAGGUGUGCUCCGUUAGUAGAGAAUCACCUGCAGAACUUACAAGCCAGCGCUGAAGAUUGUCCCACAGACUGGCGGGAGUUCCGUUAUUCAAGAACAGCUCAGCGAAAACCCGGAAGUCCGCAGAACUUCACAACCACGCAACGGUUCAUACAACGGGCAGCCUAGAUCUGGUUCACGGGUUUCUCCUGUUGGUGUGUUCCAAGUGAGAGGUUACGGAAAGAAACAACAAAAUAUCCAGUGCAGCGUAUGGAUUGGUGCGAAUAGUUGCAGAAUUCAAAAUUCAAACCGUUUCUUCAAAUGAUAGCGUUUAGUGCGUGUUCUCUUAUAGUGGCGUCGUGUGUGGCACAUCAAACAAAAAGUGUCAAAAGUGUCAUUUAAGUAGACCCAGUAAGUGAAGCGUUUAGGUAGGAAGAAAGUGAGCGUUGUGCAAGAAAGGAAACCCAUUCUGACACCUGACGAAUGUGAUUCUUCUCUGGAGCUAGUUAUAACUUAAGCGUAAUCAGUAUCUACUGCUCCGUGUCUUCCGGUGACAGGAGUGUCAGUGGGCAGUGAGUUCCCACUCAAUAGUAAUAAAAAACGGUGGGAAAAGUGUUUGUGUGUGUGUGUGUGUUUACUGGAUUUUCAUAUCAAACGGAUUCCAGCAAUAGUGACAGUGAGUUCGGAACCCAACAUCCGGUUUUCAUCAGCAUCACUAAGCAGGCUUCAAGGAAGGAAAAAAACUAGCAACGACGACACAUCCAAGAUGAAUGGUUUCCGAGUGCUAAAUUUUGCCUUGUUCGCGUUCUGCUUUCUCUGCACAAUCGAACAGUUAGAGAGUACCUGUGUUUUUGAUUCCGAUUUCGGUCUCAUCCUGAACUGUGCCUUCAAAAAGUCCGGCCUCUUUCGGGUGCGGAACUUGGGCGGCGUCAAGGCCCACUUCGGGUUAGGCUUUAGCGUCGGAGAUGAGCUGGGACUGGCCGAAUCGCUCGGUAACGUCGAGGCAAACAAACGACGCGCCCUUAACAUUCGCACCGGUGCUAACAACAUUGGCGUCCUGCCCGCGUCCAAAAUGCCGACAUCCUACCCAUCAUUACCCUCCCCAUCCAUCUCCCCUUCGCCGGGUGCUCCAAUACAGCAGAGUCGUCCGCAGGCGGUAACCGUCCGUUCGUCGGCAUCCAUGCUACCCAAGGGCAUUGGUGGGCUACCGAAGGUACCAUCGUCCGUCUCACCCGUGUACGUUUCGCCUGCAUCCAGCCUGAUGACGAAAGCCACCUCACUACCGCUCGGUGUACCUCCCUUCCGUCCCAUUCCCAAACCAACGCCGGAAACGGAACCGGUGAGAUUCGACCCAUCCAUACUCCGCCGAAACUUUGCCCUCAAAACCGCCCAAACUCCUGAUCCUUCCUUCCAGAGUCAACUGAUGAAUCAGACCUCCUCCUUUCACCGGAGUGCCCCAACUCGCAAUCCCGGCCCCCCAUUUCCUAACGCUCCCAAUCAGCAGAUUAUCUACAAGGAAGCACCGAACCUGCAGGUCCAAAAGGUGCCGGCCUUCCAGGCAAUGCCCGAGUCUGUGUCCCGCAUCUCGACCGGUCCGGUCGUACAGGUCGAUAAUAAGCUCCAGCCGUCCGUCAUCAAGAAUUCCAUCAUGAGCAUUCCACCGCGCCGACAGAUGACAAAGCCCGGCCCAACCAUUGCCACCGGCAGCACCAGCACCGCAGAUGCCGGCGAGGAGAUCGAUCUGAUGGGCCACACCGUGGAGGAGCUGGCAGCGGCUGCCAACGUCAGUGUGGAGGUGAUCAAGGAAGCGAUUCGUGUCCGGCAGCAGGAAUUGCGUGCCCAGAAGCAGUACGAAAAGCAGCAGGCCGCCUAUGCCCAGGCCCAAUUCUUUGCACAGCAGCAGACGACGCCAACAACGACAACUACCACGACGACAACGCCACGACCCAGACGUUAUCCAACCAACGCAGGUCACAAGGCAAGUGAAUGUUGCUUACGGAGCAAAUCAUGCUUACGGAUUUGUAACAGGAAGAAAUGCAGAAAUCAUCACCCUAAACUCUUCUUUUCAACGCAGGUUAUGAAUGCACCGAAAGAGUACUACCCGGUUGGAUACGACAAGAACUUCGAUGACAACUUCACCUCCAAGGUGGACCUGCCCUACACGACGUUCAACUGCGGCGAACAGAAACACUUCCCGGGGCUGUACGGCGACGAGGACCUUGGUUGUAUGGUCUUCCACGUAUGUGCCCUGACGGACGAUGGAUUGAUCAUGAAAUCGUUCCUCUGCCCGGAAAGCACACUGUUCGACCAAACCGUGCUGAAGUGCAACUGGUGGUUCUACGUCGACUGCAAGAGCAGCAAGAACCUGUACGACUCAAACCUGCCCGUGUCGAAGAGCUACCAGCUGAUGAAGGCCCUGUCCUUCUUCUCCUCCAACUACAAAAACCCGGGCGACUCGUCCGAGGGUGUCGAUGUGGAAGCACUCAAGAACAGCGUCGCCACAGCUGUUGCCGUCGGUGGUUCGGCCCGUUCGCUAGACAGUGUCAGUAGCAACACCAUUGCCGGUUCGACUGGCGAACGCUUACAGGACCGCUUAGUGCCGUCACCAUCCGUGAGUGCACGGAGCACCAACCAAAGCAGCAACACGACGAUCACACCAACAUCAAGCAGCAACAGUAACAGCAGCAGCAGCAGCAACAAAACAACGACAUCGACGUAAAUGGAAAUGAUUUGAUUUCACCGAUUUCCUCACUGGGGCAGGGUGUGAGUUUUUUGGUGUGAAAAUUCUGUCUGUGUGCUACGGGGGCUGUGGCGGCUGUAGGAAGUAAGACAAAUGGUUGUGUCACUCGGUACGGUAUGAGCCAACGUUGGCAGUGGUUUUGGUUUAGUGUUUUUUUUAUAUAUGUACAAUUUAAGGAGAAGAAAGCGAACAACAAAAUAUAUUGGUGCGGAGUGAUUUAAGUGGAAACCUGUCGAUGCUCGCUGGGUAACACACGCGGGCGUGCAUUUCACUGGUCAUUGCUCCAUAGUUCGUACAGCACAAAAGAGAUUCCCAGUCUUAGCAAAGUAAAAUUGUCAUACAGAUUGCCUAACUGCAAGGCGGUUUAAAACACAAAAUGCGCCUGAAACCAUGCAAUCCGUGUGGGUUGAUUGCUUCUUUAGAGAUUUUAUGUGAGCUUGUUUGCCUCACUCAACUCUUUACAAAUGCUUCUCCGAGAAUAUGAAUUGAAAAGAGAAUGCUACCGACCCCGUCGGUUAUAAAGUAUGAAAGUGUUUCAAUUACAGCAAAUUAAAUUAUGCUGCAUGCACACCGCGAGCUCAAGCCAAACCAUUCAGCAGCACUGCAUUGCAUCCAUUGAAAGCUACCUUCAAGCACCAGCUACGCAAAGUUUCCUUCUGCCAGUGCAACGCGCCAACCGGUGUGGUGUUUGGUAAGCUUAAACACCUGAAGGUUAAAGCAUCCCCUAGCCCGUCAGACACUUCCGUGCAGCAGCACUCCCCUUACGCAGCUGAUUUUCAAGCGUUGCUCACCCGUGCUAUAUCAGAAUCGAUCGAGCAGGAUGGUGGGUGGACACGGUAGCAUAAGUAUUUAUUAAACAACGAUCCUACGAACUAAACUUCUUAAAACCAAUUGCUUCCAAUUGCCAUUCCGUGUGUGCCGUGUAUGGAAGGCGGACGGAUUUGGGAAUCGGUUUGUUUGGAGUUCAUAAGACUUUUGUUACGUUAGUAUAUAGUAGAAAUGAGAAAGUAAGCAGCAGAGCACAUUCAGUUGCGUAUGCUUUUCACGAUAGGGACUACAUUUUGUUUUACGUUACUGUUACGAGCGGGCAAGACUCGCUAGUUAGCUGACCUCUUAGAUUAUGGCAUAGGUAUAAACGCUAGUGACUGUUUCUCGGGUAUUUUGGCAAAUCAUCUUUGCUGCUGCAAGUAGCGAGUGUAGUACGUAGGUAGUAGAGUUUGUGUUCUUUUUAAAAAUAACGUACGAGCAUUGCAUCGCAGCCGCUCGAUUUGCAUAUUUAUUUAAUUAGCGGCAUAAGGUACAUCAGGUGUAGUUAUCACUAUCUUUACUAGAAUCUGGUAUUAAACAUAACAACAAUAACUGUGCUACUGUACAACACAGCUCGUUCAGAGCGGAUAGCUGCAACAUAAUUAGCAAUUGAUAGAGCGAAACGACCUAAAGAACUGUUGCUAUCAUUCUGAACGAACCGCUGUUGCGGCACCCAUUUCCUAGACACACCUAAAACUUGCUCACUUAGAAACGGUAUAGACAGUAAGAGUUUAUGUUUCGGUUUUUGGGAGUGCAACUGAGCACAUUUAUGCAAUGUUGUGUCGUCGUCGUCGUCGUCGUCGUGGCCGGUCAAUAUAUUAGUUGUUUUAUCUGUAACACUAGAAAUUCCCAAUAUACCGUGUUCCGCUGUGCAGUGGAUGGAACACGUGUGACCGAUACGAAUGAAUACCGUAUGUAAUGUCUCGUUGAAAAACGAGAUGCGCACUAAGCGCACCACUAUGCCAACAGUUGCCGGACAGGGCAAAUUCUACUCAUCCAGUUGACUAUUACUGAUAAAGUAAAACACAUUAAUUUCAAUUUA